GAUCUGUAUAUUGAACAUCACCUUCAACGUCGCUGAUUAAAACCUGAGAAAAGAAGAAAAAACGCGCGGUUGAACAUCACCUUCAACAUUUAAUUGCUUACUAUGCUUCUCUCCUACUUCUCUCUGCUUCCUCUCUCUACAUUACAGCAGAUUCUCUUAGCUUCUUUCUUCAAAUUUCUCCCACAAUAUAUUUCAAUUGAAUGAUAUUACUUCUCAAUUUCGGUUUUCCGAUCAAAUUCUGAAAACGUUGAUGGUGAAUGUUGAAUGCGAAUCGUAUACCCUAAAUUUUGAGUUUUGCUCUCUACACAAAACUGUUCUUCCCGAAAAAGAAAACACUCUUGAAUAUUGUCUAAGCUACCAUUAUCAAGACGGAUCUGAACGUGUCGGUGAACCAAAUAGAGGAACGACAAUUGGAGUUUUUUGUUCGUGUUCGUUGAUACUAAACUCGGGAAAACACGCUUCGAAUAAAUUGGACUCGGAGUUCAGGAAGAACGAUCCAUCGAACAGGAAGUAUAAACUACGGUUGAGGUACGAAGAAGAUCAUGUGAUGCCUUAGAGUGAGGAUGCAACCAUCAAAGUCACGAUCGAUGUUUAAUAAAGAUAACUAUGUCAUUAGUAAUAAAGGGAUGUAUUAAUUAAACUCUAAGUUUGAUUUCACGAUUUGAGUUAGAUUUUCAAAUUAAUGUUUAAACAUGUUAGAAAUAUUUACUAAGGUUUACUUAGAUUUCAAUGUAAUUUUUAAAGAAUUAAUCGAAGUGAAGUAUAAUUAUUGUUACUCAACAUUAGUCAGUAAAUGUAAAAAGGUUGUGUCGCCUUGUAUUUCCCACGAGGGAGAUACGACAAGUGACGCUCCGACUAAAUUAGGGUUUCCGCUGCUAAUUAAAGAUAAUU